GUUAGUGGGAACUACACCAGGUGACCCGCACUGAACCGCGGUGUGAGCAACCCACCCCCCCAAACGCGUGGCGCACAAUGUAAGACAAACGUGUCUCGGCCUUUAACGCAGUGCUACGCAUAGCCCCUUUCUCGGCGCUCCACACUGCGGAAAUGCCGCACCUGAGGUUUGUCCGCUGAGCUGCAGCGCAAGGAGAACCCCGGCAGCACGCGGAAUCCGAUGGACUGCAAGCGUGAAGGAAUUUACUAAAUCGGAUACCGAGUGAUCCAGAAGUUCGGGAAAAGGGGGCCUGAUGUCAGGUGGGCGUGAGUCUGUCGGGGACCUGGUUCCCCAGGACGUGCUGGAGGUGUUGUCCCAGGAGCACCAGACCCGCACAGGCAAGAGGAGGAGGCGGGGCUCCUUUAGCCGCGCCUUCAACUGGUUAAAGGGCCGGCGCAGGAAAAGCCACCGCUCCAGCAAAGACGCGUAUAAAGACCUGCUCACACCUGGAACACCUGUGCCUUUACCCCUGCUUUUAGUCACCGCAGUCCCUAAAGAGGAGGGUUUAGACCACAGACCCCUCCAGCACUUCCAGGAGAAUGUAUUCAUUGAGAGCAGUCGACCAAGCCACAUAGAGGAUCUGCACACAGAGGCUCAGCAAGGCUUGAAGCUUCUGCAGCAAGACGAAAACAAAAAUGGGGUGGAUUAUCAGGAUGACCAGAGUGUAAUAUCAACAGCAACGUCUCGCACCAACGAUGACAUGAGCUUCAGUGAGCUGGCGAUGUCCGAGUCUGAGAGUACUGCUGCUGAUACCAUCUCAACCCGCUCCACUAUCUCCUAUCAGUCCACACGCUCUGGGCUGAAACGCCAAGCCUCCACCUUCAGACCACUGAAUGAGGACAAGAAGCAAGGGAAGAGCAAGUCUAAGAGGAAAAACAGGAGUACAGUUGUUGGAAUACCUCGACACGUACAGAAAGAACUAGGGCUUGACCGAGCUGCAUGGACAGCAUCCAGGUUCACGGAUGCCCAGCUGUCCAACGGAGGUGUGAUCAUAUCUGCUGUCAUUCCCACUCUGGAUGGCAUAUCGAUCACCUCAGACCAAGAGCAGGCACAAAUGUGCCUGGGGAACAAGGAGAAUCUGCAAACUGUAAUAGAGGAUGAACCACAGCUCCCUUCAGUAUGUGGGUAUCAUGACGACCUGGCUGUCAUGCACCGUCUUUUACCAAACUCUCUGGAUCCACAGAGGCUGGCAUCUCUAGCCGUCCCCUGGAUGACUUCAUCAGAUGGCCUUCCACCCAGCCCAGUGAUGUAUGUUUCCCCCGAGGCCACAUACAUGUCCAAGAUCAUUCCCAACGCUAUUCUGCCUCCUUCUGUGGAUGUGGUAGAGCUCAGUCGUAGCAGAAGUCGCAGCAGUGUGCGUAUGGUGAGCAAGAGCAGUCUGGUUUCAGCCAGCCCAGCUCCCUCCCGGGCCUCCUCCCGGGCCUCCUCCCGGGCCUCCUCCCGGGCCUCCUCCCGAGCAUCCUCCCUUCGCACAGCCAGCCUUUCGCACAGCUCUGGGUGGAGCCAAUCGGGAUCAUCCGAGACCUUGGUGUCUGACUCGUCCACCAUUUCCAGCAGCAGCACUCCGAGAGUGGCCAGCCCAGGGGAGGACACCGGUGGAUCUCCCAACAUGGUCAGGCACGUCCCUCCUAAACCCACUCAAGUGAAUGGUGGCUCUACACAAGAUGCCUGCAAAAAAUCAGGACCCUUGGGUCCUCUUACUCACAGCCUGUCUGUAAUGAAAAAGAGCAGGAAGGCCCCACCUCCCCCGAAUCGUUCGCACUCGCUGCACAAGCGACAUUCACGAGACCUUUUGGAUGCUGCAAGAAUCGUAGCUGAGGAGUCUAUAGAUCCCUACGUGGGUGGUCUUAGCUCCUUGGGCAAAGCAUCACAGCAUAAAGAAAAAAGCCCACCAAUCUCAGCAGCAAGGCAAGGAGAGCUGGGAAUUAAAAAAGGCAUUUAUGCUGCCAGAGCCAACUUGCCUCUUCCUUACACAAAUGGGGGCAGUCUUACUAAUGGUAUGGUGGUCUCCCCAGCAGCGAUGGCUGUCCGAGCUCUGUUUGACGUUCCGGCUCCUCCCAAAGUCCUAGCUCCCCCACCCCCACCUCCGGAGACUUGGGCACAUAAUCAGCGCACCUUUGAACUACUCUGUGGUCCUGGACCUGUCAAUUUUGAAUGCUGGGCCCAAAAGAGAGGUCUGAAGAUGGAACCGCCAAACAAAAAGGCUCCAGAAAAAGUGCCACAGAUGAACAGUGCAAAAGGGCUCAAUGGUAAGACGGUACCAUCAGCUGCACUGAUGUCUUGUCCAUCUGACCGAAGUAAAGAGACAUUUCAGGGAAGCCAAUUAACAAACGGGAUUACGAAUAUCCUUUUACAAUCUAGCAAGAAUCUACUACCUUACAGUCAGGAAGCCAUGGCCUUAGACAGAGAAUCGAGGACUGCUCCAACAGAGAAGUCCUCUGAGCUACAGGCUCCUUAUGGGAAUAAUCUCUCCAUACCUGGGCAUACCCAGCUCCAUCCAUUCCCUUCGCCUUCGCCUCCACCUGAACAUCUGCCUCCAUUGCCUCCUGGAAGCCCAGCUAAACCCCCAAAAGAUGAUGUUGCCUCAAAAGCUCAGUUAAGAAAACCUUCGGAUGCAGACAUCUCUCUCCCUCCACACCCUUUGUUCCCACCUCCUCCACCUCCUGUGAAGGUCCCCCGUCCUCUUUCUCCAGUUGAGCAGGAUGAACUUGAUUUCCCUCCUCCACCUUCACCAUUUUCUUCCAAGUCUUUUUUAACCGUGAUUCCAGACACAGAGUGUAGUCCAUCACUGGAGCCUUCUACAUUACCAGAUCCUCCGCAUGUGCCUCCACCUCCCCCUCAAGUACCCAUGCCUCCCCCACAUGUGCCUCCACCUCCCCCACUAGUAACACCACCUCUGCAACUAGCACUUCCUCCCCCACAGGUAUUCCUGCCUCCACCCCAAGUAGCCCCACCUCAUCCACAGGAACCUCCACCUCUUUCACAGGAAGUAACAAAAAUCCCACCUCCUCCACAACAAAAAUCCUUAAUACAAACUCAUACAGCUGUUACACCAGUGAAUGUUCCUCUUCCACCUCCAUUACCCACACAUCUGAAAAAAGAAUCCAGAGAAAUUACAACUGUCAAACAGGACAAACGGCAGCUUCCAAAGGCCACCCACGCUGUUGCCACAAAAGAAGAGGCUGCUUCCCCUGUGGUCACGCAGUCCUUGUUACAGAUGGUUCGUCUCAGGUCAGUCAAGUCCAGUGUGAGCCAAGCUGAAAUCUCUCCCAGAUCCAAGUCACAGAACACCUCUGUCACUCAAGAGGCUCCUCCAAAGCCAGUCAGAAGGUCUCUGAUUUUAGUGGCACCUCCUCCAGAUGUUGCUUCGCUGUCUGUGCCCGAGUCAAUAGCCGACUCUCGGCCCAUCACUAUGCAGGAGAACCAAGGCGCUACCCCAGCAUCAAACAGCCAACCCAUAGCUGAAAUAGAGAUGCAGUGCACCAGCGCUGUGCAAGAUGCGGCGCAUGUACUCGAAACAAAACCUUUAUCCAUCAGUACAGAUGCAAACAGCCAAACCAUCGUCACAGAACAAAAACCUCAACAUACAAGCACCGUAUCAAAGGAUGAGUCAGUCAGUGCUAGACUAACCUCCCAGUUACCCUCCAAAGAAACAAAACCUGAAAUUACUGUGCAGGGAAUUCAAAAUGAAGCAUCUAUACAACUAACCCAGAUAACCAUUGCUGAGCCAAAGGAUCAGCCAGCUACUGCUGAUGAAAAUAUCAAGACUAGUGAAGAAGAAAUCCAAAAAGGUCCCAGUGAAUCAGAUGACAAACCAAAAAACACCCAAUUGAUAUCACCACUUGAUGUCACACAGCAAAAGCCCCCAACUUUGACCCCUACAACUCCCAAAAUAUCUCCUACUCAAAAGCUGCCUCCAGCUCCAGUUCCGUGUUCCUCCAUGCGGCUCCAGGAGGCCAUUCGUCUGAAGACUGCUGCCAUGUCCUCCAUAGACAACCAAGCUAAGCGCCUAAGUUUGCAUUCCCCUCCACCGUCAGCAGGAGGCAACUCGCCUUCGUCUACAGCAAACUUCAUUUUCUCAAAGAGCACAAAGAAGGUUGUCGUAGGAGCACCUUCCUCCCCAGGUGCCCAUACAGGCCUGAUGAAAACUCUGGUGUCCGAGUUGGCUACUUUCUCCCAGCCAAACAAGCCUGCCGACUCACCGAUCAAAACUGUUAAAGUUCCCCCUCCUAUUGCAAAGAAACCCAAAGCCUGGGGUGAGAAUACUGCCCAAUGCUCUGCACAGCCUGAGACACAGGCUAAGGCUGAGCAUGUGUAAGCUGCUGGUCAGUAAGCACAGAGAGAGAACUAAGGGAGUUGGACAAUGCAACCACCGGCAAAACGUUUCACUUCUGCAUAGAUCAUUAAAAGCAAUCUUUACUGAGCUGACCAAGCAGAGACGUGAGGUGGCGCUCUGUACAGAGCGAAAGCCAGGACGUUAACGAGACAAGGGUCUGUGAGAGAAGAAAGUAACUGAAUGUGAAAAUGAAGGAACAAAAAAAGGUGAUAAACCAGAGAAAGAAAUUGUGAGGACUAAAGAAUGAUACAAAGAAAGAAAGAGUAAACUGGAGAUUAGGAAAGUGGAUGAACUGAAACCAAAGCUGAACAGGAAAGUGACCGAUUGGAAAGUGAAAAGACUCAUAGAAAUAUUGUAAAAUAAUACAGUGUAACAACUUUUUGGUUUUUGCAAAAGGUGUUGGUAUGUUUCUCACCUACUAUGUGGACUUUUGUUUCUUUUCUUGUAAAUAUUGGAAGUGUGGAGCUCUGCAUGUACAGUUUCAGACCUAAUGCUCAGAACAAAUGUUAAUGGUCUAUUGAAUGGACCUUUCUUAAUAAGCAUAUGUUUUAUUUUAAUAAUAUAUAAAAUUUCUUUUGUGCACUACUGUUCUGUGACUGGGGUAUAGCUGAUUUAGGACACAUACUUUUAACUUCAUGUAACUUAUUUUAUGCCAUGCCACACAAUGUUAAACACAUUAAUUGACCUGCUGAAAACUUAUCUUAAUUGAAAAUUAUGUCUAACAUAUAUUCUUGUCAAAUGUCUUGUAAUAGUUAUAUUUGGUUUUCUUUGAGUUAUAAUUCAAAAGUUACAUUUCUACUUGUCAAAUAUUUCUUUUAAGCAGUACAGCUUGCUUCAAAGAGUCUAAUUUGACAAAUAGAGAAGGCCUGUCAGAUGCACAAUGCAGAAGCUAUUUCUUUUACAGAAUCAACAGUCUCAAGACUGAAUAAUUUAAACUUUUCAGAUUAGCAACCUGUAUUAACCUGUUAUUUUUCUGUGGUGUGGUCACAAGAAUUUCUGCUAUGUUUUAGGAGCAUUGUAUAAGCACUGUUCCAUCAUGACAUGGGAACUGUCUUGCAGAUUAAAGUUUCAUACUGUGUAUAGCUCAAUGCUACAUUCAGAAAUGUAGAACAUUAAACACAACCUGUUUCAAACA